AUAAAUGGACCGGGCUGCUACAGGGGCAAUGCUACGCUUUCCGGCAUUGCGAGAAGUCGGGCGCUUCGCAGCGAUUGGAACUGCAGUUUCUACUGCCGUGUCACCCGGCUGACCACAGAGGACACCGCUUGUCUGUCUCCGCCUCUGACUGCCCGUGAAUGCCAGGUGACACGUAAAUACCUGUGUGUUUUGGACACUAUUCGUAAUGGAGUUUCCUGACUUGGGGAAGCACUGUUCAGAACCGACUUGCAAACAACUAGAUUUUCUGCCUAUAACAUGCGACGCCUGUAAACAAGAUUUCUGUAAAGACCAUUUUUCCUACACGGGUCAUAAAUGUCCCUUUGCCUUCAAGAAGGAUGUGCAGGUGCCUGUGUGUCCACUCUGUAAUGUCCCCGUCCCUGUGAAGAGAGGUGAGAUCCCAGAUGUGGUGGUCAGCGAGCACAUGGACAGAGAUUGCACCUUUCACCCCGGGAGGAACAGAAACAAGGUUUUCACACACCGCUGCUCCAAAGAGGGGUGCAGGAAGAAAGAGAUGCUGCAGCUGGCUUGUGCUCAGUGCCAUGGCAACUUCUGCAUUCAGCACAGGCAUCCUCUGGACCACAACUGCCAAGCUGGGAGCAGCUCAGCCAGCAGAGGGAGGGCUUCCACAUCCAGAGCUGCUGAGCAGAAGAAGCCAUCAGGAGUCAGUUGGCUGGCCCAGCGACUCAGGCGGACAGUGCAGUAACGGCGAGGCUCCUGUUGGUGCCACACACCAGCUCCUUUCUGUUCGGUUUUAAUCCUGGUGACGUGGCCUGCAGCACUUUCCUGCUUCUCCUGAGUCUGAGUCUUUAUGGAAGAGUCUCCCAUUGACUGCCCAAGUUAGGACAAGGAGAUGGCUCAGAGGGUGGAGCACUUGCCUCGAACCCGAGUUUAUCCCCAGAACUGGAUGUGCUCGGUGCACACUUGAACUCUCAACACUUGGGAGGUGGAGAAACCAUUCCCAGAGCUCUCUGACCAGCAGGCUCUCUGACCAGCAGGCUCUCUGACCAGCAGCCUGGCGCUAUUGGAGAGUUCCAGGUCAGAAAUAUGCUGCCUCCGAAACCAAGGUGGACACUUCUGCAGAAGGACAUCAGAAGUUCACCUCUGGCCUUUCUCAAACACACACACAUAUAUGUGUACCCACAUGUGUACACACACACACACACACACACACGAUAUACAACUUAUUUGGUAAAGUAAAUGAGGCUGUUCAGCAACUUCUUAAGGUGGGUUAGGUUACCGUAGGAGAAAGCUGCCGGAUCCAGGAGCUGAGUACGUGUGCACACCUCCUUAGUGGUGCCUUUGGCCUGUGCUAAGCCACUCCGGGACUUGGCAUUCUGGAAAAUUCUCUCCUAUAACAGGAAAGAGCUACCAUCUGCUCUGUAUUCUCCCCUCUGUGGCUUUUGUAAUGAGGUGCCUUUGGGGCAUAGUCUGCUCAUGGUCCCCAAGAUCAAGAGUCGGUGUGGCUCCCUUUCCCGACCUCUGGCUGAGGCCGCUCUGGAGGAAGGGUGUGCACUUGGCCUGCAGUGAAGUCUCCAAGGUUGAGCAGCCAGCUUCACCAUGCUGUGGCUCCAUGGGCCUGGGUUCAGGUUGUUUGUUUUUUGAGACUAUGGAGCCCUGGCUGUCAUGGAACUCACUCUGUAGACCACGCUGGUCUUAAGCCCAUAGUAAUCCCCUGACUCUGCCUCUCGAGUGUGGGCUCACUUCUAAGUCCCAAGAAGAGCACAGAGGAAAGGGAGCUAUCUCAGAACCAUGUGGUUUUACAGUAGAAGCGUCUCCUCCUGUCAGAGCACCGCAGCAGGGGCUGAGGGUGUCCUUGGGCACUUGGUGAAGCAGAAACCCAGACAGAAGAAGAGCAGAGGCUCUGGGCCUCAGGGUGCAGCCAGAGUCACUCCUGUGCCACCUGUGUGGCCUGACCACGUCUACCACCAUCUGGCCAUGACUGUGGGGGAAGAUGCCUGCAGUACUCUGGUGACCUCCAUAUAAGGGUUUACCCUUGCUUUCCAGGAGCUUGUGUAUCAGGGAUGACAUAGGACCAACCACUCAAGCCUGGGUAUCAGGGAUGACAUAGGACCAACCACUCGAGCUGGGUUUGACCAUCACCCUUGGUUCGGAUGGCCUUUGGGACACUUAACUGUGCGAAUUCCAUACGGAACAGCAUCAUGCAGGUUUUGUGGCCUCUAGCUGUCCUGGGCAGGCCAGGGUGGGUUCCACUCGCUGUGUUCUCUAAAGGCCUGACUCUGUCCUAAGCCAGUGCCUUUGUCACAUCAGUUUACCAGCCUGCUUCAGUCCCCCUCUACUCAUCGGUGCACUGUCCCUGUCCCCAGUGUCUGGCUGGAUCUGGGGGGACUCGGGUUUGCUCUUAGAACAAGGUCUAGGCAGUGGUGCUAUGUGGGGACACUGAAACAAACGAAUCUUUUGUACUGCCCCUUCCCAGGGUGACAGCCACUCACCCUCAUGCUAGUAGACACUUGAGAUGUAGCCGCCAUAGCAAAGCUUUUAAUUCAACUUGAGUUUUAAAGCACCUGGGUUCAGUCAUUAGGCAGUAUUUAAAUAGGGACUUAGAGUCUCCCUGCUAACCAUUGUAUGCAGUAAUGUUUCCACUGAGAUGGCUCUAAAUUGGGAACUGAAAGCACAUUGGGUGGGCUGGGGGAUGGUUCAGUGACGAGAGCUUGUACUCCUCCUGCAGAGGUCCAGAGCUGGGUUCCCAGCACCACCCAUAUCAGAGAACUCGCAACUCUAUGUAACCUCAGCUCCUGGGGCAUCUGAUGCCUCUGAACUCUGUGGGCCCUUGCACUCACAUGCACAGAUUCUUAAGUAUGAAUUUGGAAGUACACUGGGAAAGGUUAGAGUCUAGAGUUAGUGGGUUAACCCUCACCUAGAGCCCACUGGUGAGGAGCGGGGGCCACAGUUCAAUAGGAAAGCGCUUGCCUAAAACCCCUUGGAUCUGUGACAUAGUUUAGUAGUGGAGGACCUGCCUGUCAUGUCUGAGGCUCAGAUUCUAUCCCUACUAUUGCAAAAUCACCAGACUUUGAAGACAAUAUCAAAUGUAAGACAUGGUGUGUUGAAAUAUUUUAUAUAUAAUGCUUAAUAAAAAUAAUUUAUUUCA